AUGACGCAAACAGGUGCUGCUGUGAUGACUGCGCACCUGUUGUUUCCAAACCACCACCACCAUAGCAAUUCAUCAUUCACUAUCGGAGAAUUGGACUCCUCUUUGACAAAUGAUCCAAGCCAGUUCGUAUUCACGCCAGUCUUCGCAUCAAUACCAGACAAGUAUGAUUUUCUGAAGAUUCUGAUCCAAGAAAUUACUGUCAACUCUCAGGUCCUUCCGAGUCCUCCAAGUCUCUCUCGUUCGCUGAUCUGCGGUGCAGCAUCACUAAUUGAUGUGCUUGAGACCAAGACAACUCUCAUUUUAGGUCCACUCCACACCAGGGACGUUAGCUGGGCUGAAGGUGAGACACGAGACAGCUGGUGUACUGGUGGAAUACAGGCUAAUAACAUAGUCAAAUCUGGAGACUGGCUUCUCAGGGCUGUGUUCUCAAAGAACGUCUACGUCAUACACCAGGGUAUAUCGAGCUCCAACUCCCCCACCUUCCACGCAACGUGCUGGUUUUCAGCUAUGGAAAUGAGGGACACUGUUGCGACUUGUGUGCUCACCGCCAACGUCGACCAGCGUGAUCCCCAUCAACCCUUCACCGUCAAUUCCCUUCAGCCUCCGUCGCCACAUAUUCGUUCGGCUCAAUCGUACCCGUAUCUUGCUCCAUUCCUUAUCUUCACGCUCUCGUUAUCUAUUAACCAACUAUAUUCUCUUUAUAUCCUCCAGCGGUCUACACACCCUUCCUACUCGCGCACUCUUGUGCGGUCUUACAGACUCGACGCUGCACUGCCCCAAAGAGCCAUAGUCUUGGGCUACACACCAGUACCCUCGUUCACGCUUACUGAUGCACUUCGACCAGACAUCUGA